UGCACCGGCGCGAGAGAGAGAAGGGGAACUUCGGAAACUUGUUCUCAUAUUUGUUUAACGAUUACUGCAUUGCUCCCGUGACAUAUACAGGUUAUUGGAAAGUAAUGAUGCACCUCACAGUGAAUCGACCCCUGACAACACUGCUUAAACACAUGUACAUGUAUGCUAGACAAAAGCAUUCUACAAGCAGCAUACCAAAUGAUUUGAUCCAGGUUCAGGCAAAUGUAGCUUCAGUAUUACGUCAAGGUGGCCCUGUGGUGGCAUUAGAGAGCACUAUCAUCACACAUGGAAUGCCAUACCCAGACAACCUCAGGACAGCACAAGAAGUAGAGAGUAUCAUAGAGCUAAAUGAUGCAACACCAGCCACUAUUGCCUUGAUGAAUGGCAAGUUACACAUUGGACUGACUCAAUCUGAUCUACAAUAUCUAGCCAAAUCUACCAGUCCAGUCAAAGCAUCUAGAAGAGAUCUUGCAUGGGUUUUGAGCAAGGGUUUGACUGGAGGUACUACUGUGUCAGGUACCAUGAUUGGAGCUCAUCGUGCUGGCAUCCAUGUCUUUGUGACUGGUGGUAUUGGUGGUGUGCAUAGAGAAGGACAAACAAGUAUGGAUGUGAGUGCAGAUUUAACUGAAUUAGGACGUACCCCAGUGGCAGUGAUUUCUGCUGGUGUUAAAUCUAUAUUAGACAUCCCAAGAACUUUGGAAUAUCUGGAGACAGAGGGAGUUACCGUAGCAACAUUUGGUCCUAGUCGGGACUUCCCAGCAUUUUUUUUGCCGAGCAGUGGUUAUCAAGCACCAAUAAAUGUGACCUCUGCUCGAGAAGCUGCUGAGUUAAUAGAUUACUCCUUAUCCUUAGAGUUAGGGAGUGGACUAUUGAUAGGUGUACCAAUACCAUCUAGUGUGGCUACACAAGGACAACAGAUUGAAGAUGCAAUACAAUCUGCACUUCAACAAGCUAGUGUUGAAGGCAUUCAUGGUAAAGACGUAACUCCCUUCAUUCUUCAGCGAGUCAAUGAACUAACUGGAGGUGAAUCAUUGAAAGCAAAUAUUGCUCUCAUCCAAAACAAUGCAAGAGUGGGGAGUAAGAUUGCACAAGAACUUUCUUAUAUAAGGAGAGACGGAUCCAAAAGAAGACACGUAACAAAAACAACGGAACCUACUGCCAAAUAUGGACAACCAGUUGUGAUAGGUGGAAGUAAUGUUGACUUGGUUUCUUCAAUUAGAAGUCAGAAUAUUCAGUACGGUGAUGGAACCAAUCCUGGUAGUGUGCAUAUAACACUGGGUGGUGUAGGACGUAACAUAGCUGAUUGCCUAUCUCGGCUUGGUACCUCCCCCAUGUUCCUGUCAGCAAUAGGACGUGACAGUCAGGGGGAUACAUUAUUGGGUCUAUCCUCACACAUGAAUACAUCAGCUGUAUCCAUCAUUGAUGACCAUAGCACAGCAACCUACUCAUGUGUACUUGACAGUGAUGGAGCAAUGGUACUUGGAGUUGGUGAUAUGGAUGUCCAUGUCCAAAUAACACCUGAAUAUGUAUCUGGAUAUGAGAAGUAUUUAAGUUCAGCUCCAUUGGUUUGCAUUGAUGGUAAUAUACCAGUGGAUACCAUUGAGUAUGUAUGCAAGUAUUGUGCUCAACAUAAUACUCCAGUUUGGUAUGAACCAACAUGUAUCGUGAAAUCAACUCUACCAUUCCAGUCUGACUGUUGGAAGACAAUCUCCUAUAUCUCACCCAACUUCAAGGAACUCUGUAUGAUAUCAAACUGUCUACACAAGAAAAACGACGCUUACCAAGAUCAUAAUAACUUGACUGUGCAUACACAAGUGGAGAUAUGUAUUGAGCUUUGUGAGUUACUACUGCAGCAUAUGUACUGUGUUGUUGUGACUCUUGGUCAACAUGGAAUAUUAGUUUGCAGAAAUGCCCAACCUGAAGAACCAUUCCUCAUAGCUUCAUCCACACCACAGGAAAGAACUGCAUCCAAGAUGUCCGUUGUACAUUACCCAGCAUGCAAUGCUGAUCAUAUAACCAGUGUGUCUGGAGCUGGAGAUUGUUUGGCAGGGGCAAUGAUUGCUAGAAUACUACAACAAUCUACACCUGACGACUGUAUUAAAUCUGGUCUACUGGCAGCUUUAUGUUCAACUCAAACCUAUUUGACAGUACCAGCAUCAGUAUCAACUAUUGAUGAGUUACUUGACUCUACAAUAUGUCAACCCAACCGUAUCUUGUAAUGUCAUCACUUACAUUCAUCAUACUGCAGAGGUUUCUUCAAAAGAACAAAACAUACAAUCGAGAGAUUUGUUUUUACCCUUGUGUGUAUAGAGCACUUUACUAUACCUCACACAUAUUCAUGACCGAGAUUCGAGUUCUUACUGGUCCAUUCAUCAUCACGUGCCAGGCGCUAUUUGGGUUAUUUACCAAGCUCGCACGCAUGUAUUCACGCAAAUGGUAAUUAAUGCACAUAACAAGUAGAAUAGCGCCUGGGCCAUGUGCGUGACCGGGCAGCAGUCUACUUGUCAUGCGCUUUAUGAUCGUGACUGUUCACUGGGUGUUGUAGCCUACACACACACAAACAUCGCUCUAGCGACAUCCAACAAACAUCGCUCUAGCGACAUCCAACACAUGAACAAACUUAUCAUGAUUUGACAGUCGUCAUUUCCCUUGUUUUCUACAGCGUUCCCGAUUAGUUGGACGUGAAACAAACCUCUUAUUACCCUACAAUGAAACCAUGGGGGUCAAUUUGUCUUGAAAUGUUGGGUAGGGAGACAUCGGGAGUUAUAUCGCUCCUGGUGCAACCUGGGAACUUCCGAUACAGACUUUUGUUUUCCAAUGUAUUUGUCACACAGCUGCUUGCAAAGCAUUAUUAUAUUCAAUUUAAAGAUUAUACACAUUUUUUGUUUUUCUAUUCAUUUCAAUUCAUUAAUUUUAAUUUAUGAAUAUAAAAACGAGUGUAAACUGAUUAAUUUGUUUAAAAAAAAAACAUUUUUCUAGUUAAAAGUCUUAAUUCACACUAGUAUUUGCAAUCAAUUAAAACAUGAAGAGUGAUUUACCAUAAUUAAUUUGCUGCUUAUUUUAAACUGACUAAUCAUGGUAAUUAAACUUUGUCUUAGUAAUUGUAUUUGUUUUUUAAUGUUUGCAUAAUGUUUUUGUUUAUCUUUUUUCUUUUUGAUGAAAUGAAUGAAAACUUAGACACAUGUCGAAGGCAAAUUGUCAAAGAUCUUUGGAAACAUUCAGUACAAUUAUCAUGCUAUAUUUCUACAGGGAAAGUAUGUGUGGAAACAUAAAUACUGGAGGUUAAAUAAACAGAGAAAAGAA